AUGAACUCUGACAACACUGACGAUAACAUGAACUCUGACAACACUGACGAUAACAUGAACUCUGACAACACUGACGAUAACAUGAACUCUGACAACACUGACGAUAACAUGAACACUGACAACACUGACGAUAACAUGAACUCUGACAACACUGACAAUAACAUGAACUCUGACAACACUGACGAUAACAUGAACUCUGACAACACUGACGAUAACAUGAACUCUGACCAACACUGA